GAUUAAAUGCAUUCACUCAGAAGCAUCAAAGAUACUGAGCAGACUGCCGAGACAUGCAGAGGAAGCCGACAUAUCGAGCCCUACUGUUUUUCUCACUGCAUUUACGGGAACUGCAGCUUUCGGGAUUGGUGGAACAACGUUGCAUUCUCUCCUUCGCUUGCCUCGCAGUUUAAAACCUCCCAUUCAAGGACUUGGCAAUAAACUGGAUGAAGUCAGAGCUGAACUGUACAAUGCUGAGAUCAUUAUCAUUGAUGAGAUUUCUAUGGUUUCCAAGCAGCUUUUUGCUUAUGUGGAUGCCAGACUGAAACAGAUCAAGGGUAAUAACAGACCUUUUGGAGGAAUGUCAGUCCUAGCUGUUGGAGAUUUUUAUCAGCUGCCACCAGUACGACAGUCUAAACCUCUCUGUGUGCACGACCCAUCUGAGAUUGACCUAUGGCAGGAACAUUUUCAGAUGAUCACCCUGACUGAGAUCAUGCGUCAGAAAGAUGAUGUUGCCUUUGCAGAAAUGCUGAACAGGAUUCGAGUGAAGGAGAAAGAUGAGGAACUGUCUGAGUCUGACAGAGAAUUGCUGACACAAGCCAUCACUAAACCAGAACUUUGUUCCACCGAUGUUCUGCACAUUUUCCCCACAAAUAAGUUGGUUGAAGAUCACAACUCAGCAACGCUGUCUCGGUUAUUUUCUGACAUCAUCACUAUUGAUGCAGACGACUUCCAGAAAGAUUCUCGAUCAGAAAGAAUGACACGGCAAGACAAACCCAGCAAAGGAGGACGCAAUGAUUUACCUGACACCUUGAAACUUGCGGAAGGAGCUCGUGUCAUGCUCACCAGAAACAUUGACAUACAGAAAGGAUUGGUGAAUGGUGCCUUUGGUACUCUGAUGAAGGUGAUUACUUCUGAGACGAAUCAACGCAUCACAAAGCUUGGGCUGAGAAUGGACAGUCAAACAGCUGGAAGACGUAGUGGACCUGCAGGAUCUGACGAUCUGGUUUACGUGGAGAGAGCAGAGGAUACUGUGAAACAGAAAGGAGUGGUACGUAGACAGUUCCCCGUAAAGCUGGCCUUUUCUUGUACCGUGCAUAAAACUCAAGGCUUAACGACACAUGCAGCUGUAGUUUCCUUGAAGAAGAUCUUUGAAGCAGGCAUGGCUUAUGUGGCUCUAAGCAGGGUGACUUCUCUCAGCGGACUCUAUCUGUUGGACUUGGAUGAGAAGAAAAUCUACGCCAACCCUGAAGUUACUGCAGCCAUCCAGACCAUGAGACAAGCCAGUGUGGAUGACAUGAUGCCUCUUCUUCCUCUGAGAGAAACCGUAAGCAGGCCUGACACUCUGACCGUCGUCCAUCACAACACAGAGGGACUGCCAUCUCACAUCGAUGACAUCAAGAGACAUCAUGAACUGUGUCUGGCCGAUGUACUGUGUCUAACCGAAUCUCACCUGCAGGGCUCCUUUGUUGCAGACACUCUUCAGCUGGAUGGAUUCACCUUGUACAAGCGUAACAGACACGUGUCGUACACAAACCUUCCGCAGAUGGCCAGCAGAUGUGGCGGUGGAGUUGCUGUUUAUGUGCGAAACCACAUUCAGGUGCAUGAGAAACAGUAUUUGCAUAAUGUGACUGAUCUUGAGUUUGUAGUUCUGAAGGUUGAGGCUCCAGUCCAGGCACUGAUCGCAGCGGUGUACAGACCCCCCAGCUACAGUUUGAGGCGCUUCCUGGAAAACAUGGUAAGCCUUCUGGAUGCACUGGAGACGAUGGACUGUCACCCUGUAAUUGUUUGCGGCGACUUCAAUGAGAAUCAGCCACAGCAGAUUCUCCAUUCUGGUGUCAUGAGGACGUACUGGAGCUACCAUAACCCGGUGUUCUGCAUCGUUUCCACCAGUGAACCAUGAACAUGUCUGACGUGUGUACUCCAGACAGGAGACAUGUUCUCCUGUGUCCUCUGUGACAACUUCAUCCAGCACAACCAUCUGCAGAAGAUCUACACCAUCACACUUCUACAUCAUCUUCAUGAACUAUUGGUGCAAACAAGAGACACCACUGCUGGACCACACAGAGAAGUCUUCUACAUGCUGCCAUCCCAGUCUUUCUUCAAGUAGGUGAUGAAAUGUCACCUGUGAAGCUUCACCUGACCACCUGACUGGGCCUGAGAAAGAUCAUUGACAUCAUGCUGCCAUGCUGCACACCAACAACAGAGGAAGCAAGACUUUACGGAACUAAGAGACUCCUCCUCCUCCUGCCAGUGACCUGGGUUCCUCACAGUAGAAGAAAAGGUAAUGAAAUUAUUCAUUAUUAUUGUAAUUAAUAUAUAUUC